UCUUUCGAUGUACGGGACGACGUCCCAACCAGCUGAGCCACCCGGCCAGGGCUGCUCACUUCAUUUAAUGGGAUGGAAAAGCGAAGCCCAGAAUGUGUCCUUUCCAACGCAGGCCGCUCACCAAAGCCCCAGGGCCGGCCCCAGAUCUCAGGCCCCCGAGCCCCUCUCACACCAUCGGCGGCGAUGGUGGGAAGGCCAGGACGAUGGCAACUCAGGAAGGAGGUAGGUCAGGUGCGAAGAAGACCUUCGAGAGCAUUCAAGAGCAUGCCACCAUCUUCCAUGUCCUCCUCUUCUGCGAGGUCUUAGGACGAGAGAGCCCCUGUCGGGGUUGCCUGGGAUCCAGAUGCGAGAGUGGAGCGGCUCACAGACCCUGGAAGUCCGCGGUCCGGGGUGUAGACCUGCGCUUCCCAAACCCCGGCCUGCAGCACACGGUCCCCGGGGACCUUGCUCCCAUGCAGAUCCCAAUCCAGCAAGUCCGACGUGGGCCUGGAAUUCUGCAUUCCUACCCAGCUCUGCGCAGUGCCAAGGCUGCUGAGCGCGGGGCCACAGGGUGGCUUGGCAGCCGUGCAGCUCCAGCCAGCAAAGGCCUCCCAACGAUGCAGGCCCAGGGCGCCGGCUCCGCUAAUUAUUUCAAGAGAAGCUGCAAAGAGGCAUUUGGAAGUGAAAUCGUAUUUUCAAGAGGAAAGGCCACGUCAGCGCAGAAGGUGCCGCCUGCAAACCAAGGAGAGAGGCCUCCCCAGAAAUCAACCCAGUUGUGUGCCCAAACCCGCAUCCCCGCGGCGUUCUCUGCACCUGCUGCUCGCGCAGUCUCCCAGAUCCCGCCUCUCCUGUUGUUGAUUGGCUACGGCGGGCUCAAGAGCUACGCAGAAACCAGCCAAUGGGAGUAG